AAAAUAGGUCAUAAGCGGAAUGCUCUAAUUCCGAUUUUUCUUUUUCAAAAAGAAAUUUUUUUUCGCGUUUAAAACCGCGAUUUUAUAAUUUUUAGCUAAUCAAACUUAAUAAACAUGUCAGACGGUCAAGAAAAUAAUAAAAUUUCAUCCUCUGAAGAUGUACUUGAUGAAUCAUUUCAUACUAAUAAAACUGUUACUAAAAGAUCCUCUACACUUUUAAUACCUCAAAAUAAGUUUAAACGCAAGAAACAAAAACGUAUUGAGUGGACGCAAGAAGAAUUGGAAGAAUUGGAAGAAGGGAUGGAAAAAUUUGGAACCAAUUGGACUCUCAUAUUAAACAUGUCAUCUGGACCUUUGAAAAAUCGAACGAACGUCCAACUCAAGGAUAAAGCGAGAAAUGAAAAACGAAGAAGGGAAAGAGAAGGAAUUCCACUUGGAAUUUUUCAAAAGGCUACAGGAUAAAUAUUUGAAGAAAAUUAUAUUUCAAAUAUUGAAUAUAUUGAUAUUCCAUAUAUUUCAUAUAAUAAUCUUUUUUACGUUAGGUAAAUUAAACUUUGCGAGGUGUGCGGAUUUAACGUGGUGAUUUGGUGAUUUAUUCUAAAUGUAUAGAAGGAGUAUAGAAGGGCAGUAAGUAACAAACAACGAAUUUUAUACAUUUAAUAAAUUACAAGUUGAGAAAACGAAUUAUACAGUAUAUCAAAUAAUAACGCUAUUGACCUUAUAAGAGAAAUAAGGUUUU